AUGGAUAGUCUGAAGACGCUACCAGCGGACAUGGAGGUCGCAGUGGGUGUACACCCCAAGAAGAGGUAUUCAAGCUCGGAGUUUGACCGCGUCAUCAGGAAGCUGAAAGACCUCGUAAGACAACGCAGAGCGACAGCAGUUGACGAAGUUGGUUUCGACCACUCCGUACCACCGGAGUACUGGCAUCAGCAGGUAGUCGUGCUGGAGAAGAUUCUACCAUUGGUGGAGCCCCGACAUGUCUUGGUUCUCCAUUGUAGAGGAAUAUCCGGAGAUAGUGGAGCAGAAGCAUACCUCCUUCGUUUACACUACGUAAAGAAGGCAGUGCCUGAAGACCAGCGGAUAUAUCUCCAUUGUUUCAAUGGGGAUUCCUAUGUCCGUGACCAGUGGUCUAGUGCUUUUAGGAAUCUGUACUUCAGAUUUACCAGCAUGGCUGCAGGAUUCACCCCACCUCAGAUUCGCGCCUUGAAGUGGAUCAACCCAGAGAGAGUGUUGUUAGAGACCGACGCCCCCUACUUCACCCGGUCAGGCCGCAAGUGGUCUGCACUCAAGCAGUUGUAA